GUGAACCUGGAGCAAUCAAAAAAGCGAACCAACUCUGUUUUGUUUUGACUGAUGAGUUUUCCUGAAUCUCUGGUUAUACCCUACAAUUGUAGGAAUUCUCACCAUGGCUAACUUAGUUAGGUUUCUGGCUCUUUCUCGUGGAGCGAUGGCGGCCUCUCCAUCGGCUGCCAGAUCGUUCUCCAUGUCCUCGGUUGCUGCUGCGAACAAGAUGACAAUUCGUGAUGCUUUGAACAGCGCCAUGGAGGAGGAAAUCAGACGUGAUGAGCGUGUGUUCCUCAUGGGCGAGGAAGUUGCCAAGUAUGACGGUGCAUACAAGGUCAGCAGAGGUCUUUAUGAGAAAUUUUGCAGUGACGACGAUUCUCCACCGCGUGUUUUGGACACACCUAUUACAGAGAUGGGUAUUGCCGGUGUUGCUGUGGGUGCUGCCAUGGCGGGAAUGAGGCCGAUCUGCGAGUUUAUGACGUUCAAUUUCUCCAUGCAAGCCAUCGACCAGGUCGUUAACUCGGCAGCUAAGACCUACUACAUGUCAGCAGGACAGGUCAAAGUGCCCAUCGUGUUCCGUGGACCGAAUGGUGCUGCCGUUGGCGUUGCUGCUCAGCAUUCACAGUGCUUUGCAGCAUGGUACAGCCACUGCCCCGGCCUCAAGGUUGUGUCUCCAUACAGUGUAGAGGACUGCCGUGGUCUUAUGAAGGCGGCUAUCCGCGACGAUAAUCCUGUGGUUGUCUUGGAGAAUGAGGUCAUGUACGGGCAAGAAAUGGAAGUGUCCGACGAAGCCCUGGACAAGGACUUUGUAUUACCAAUCGGAAAAGCGAAGAUUGAGCGUGUCGGUUCUCGUGUAACACUGGUGUCACACUCUCGGAUGGUUGGCUUUUGCCUGGAAGCUGCCAACAUCUUGGCACAGCAGGGCAUCGACUGUGAGGUGAUCAACUUGCGCUCAAUUCGACCAAUGGACGUACCGACCAUCGUGGAGUCUGUCAAGAAGACCAAUCACUUGGUGACUGUUGAAGGUGGCUGGCCGCAGUCCGGAGUCGGCUCAGAGAUCUGUGCACAGAUUAUGGAGUCGGAGGCGUUUGAUUACCUGGACGCGCCAGUAGUGCGCGUAACCGGUGCCGACGUCCCGAUGCCGUACGCCAAGAGCCUCGAGGACAACGCCACGCCGCGCGACUUCAACAUCGUCAACGCCGUCAAGACAGUGCUGCAUGUGCAGUAGGUGAGGCGUGUCCCAAGAUGCAGUGCUGCUCGUUACCGCCGUCUCCUUCUCGGUGCAACCCUCAGCAAUAUGGUCUCCUUGGUCAGUCUUCACCUUCUUCUCUCUUUUUUUUUAAACCAGUGCGGAGACACCAGAAAGCUAGUCAAGUUGAUAUUUUCCUCUGAGAUCCUCAAAUUCCUCGUUUCUGGCCUGGCUCUCCUGCACUUCUAGUUGGCUCGCUUUAUUUAACUGUUUGCGCAAAAGAGCCGUUGAUACAGGCGCCCGUGAAGCGUAUGCUACCAAACAUAAUGGCUCCUCCACUAUUGUGGUUUUUUGGUUUAAUAGUUCCACUUCAUACUUUUUUCAUGUGGACAUUUAUUUAGGAAUAUGGAUUUUUUUCUCGAUGUGACGCCUCUUUUGUCAAUUUUUAGCGUCCCAUAUUGUUGAUCACGCUCUCACCUGCUUCUGUGUGCUUCUCUCGCACACGACUAUUGUAGAUCCACACACACUAUGUAAAGAUCUGUAAUACGCUAUCACCCUUGUUCACAGCUCUCUGUACACAUCAAAUGUAGUCCGUGCAGAAAUUGA